GGAGGGGAGGGGUUGGCGAGUUUGUGUCCCGUGACCUCUGGCCUCCAGAGACCUUGCACCCCAGCAGCCGCACCAAGAUGACGGGCUGUGGGUUGGCAGAGCUGGAGUUGGUCGAAGGGGAGGAGGCCGUGGCGGUCCCCGGGCCACCCCCAGAACCCCGCGCCCCGGAGCCCAGAGCCCCAGUGCCCGAGCCUGGUUUGGACCUGAGCCUGAGCCUGAGCCCGCAGUCCGAGACCCCCGAGCGGCAGACCUGCAGUCCGGGUCGACGGAAGGGGCGGGCGGACCGGCGGGGCAGGGCCCGCAAGGGGCGGCAGGUCCGCUUUCGUUUGGAGCCGCUCUCCCCGGUGCGGUCCGAGCCGCCGUCGGCCGCCGCCGCGCCAAGCGAGAAGCCCGCAGCGCCGCAGGACCUGGGGGCGCCCGCUCAGCAGAGCAGCCUGGCCUUAAGCCUCGAGUUGCAGGCCGCGCGGGUUGCUGCAGCCGGGGGCCAGUUCGAUGCCGCGAAGGCCGUGGAAGAACAGCUGAGAAAGUCGUUCCAGACUCGCUGCGGUUUGGAGGAGAGCGUGGCCGAGGGGCUGAACGUGCCGCGCUCCAAGCGGCUCUUCCGAGACCUGGUGAGCCUGCAGGUGCCCGAGGAACAGGUGCUGAACGCUGCGCUGAGGGAGAAACUGGCGCUCCUGCCACCACAGGCCCGAGCCUCGCCCCCAAAGGAGCCACCUGGGCCAGGGCCCGACAUGACCAUCCUUUGUGACCCAGAAACAUUAUUUUAUGAGUCUCCACACCUGACCCUGGACGGUCUGCCUCCUCUCCGUCUUCAACUCCGGCCCCGCCCUUCAGAGGAUACUUUCCUCAUGCACCGGACACUGAGGCGAUGGGAAGCCUAGACGUGGAGGCCCCCAGGAUUGCUAGUUAAUAUUUUUGUGUUAAAACUAUUUUUCAGAAUAAAGUGGUUUUGCUAACAAA